UUGUUUACCUGAACAGUUGGGUCAGUUGCUCUGUCUCCAGUAGAAUGAGCUGGAGAUAAGUGGACAAUAUCUCUGGGGGAUUUUAGCCCAAGAAGGAGGAUGAGAGGGAGGUAGAGAGAGGGAGGAUCUGUAACUUGCAGGGAUCAAGAGAAGAGGAUAUUCCACAGAAACUGGAAUUGUCUGUUUAAUGAAUUCUCUGCCUCACUGACAGUGAACUGUUUGGUCAUCUCCUGUCACAGGGACUAGAAGAGGAGGGCUCACAUCAAGGAAACCCAAACGAAACAUCAGAUCUGACAGAGUCGCUCCAUCCAUCAGGAGCUGAGCAUCACCGGCCUCCGAUUGUGGAAGGAGGAACGUUUGUCUCUUUUGUCUCUGAGGGUGUAGAUUUCAAACAUCAGCGUGACUGGAAACGCAGAAACGCACAUGAAUGAGGGUGUUCGAGUGAAAUGACUGUGGAAAGAGCUUUAACCGGUCACGCAGUCUGAAAACAAAAAUUGCAUGUUUACAGCAGGGAGGAACUCUCUGUCUGGACAAGGGUUCAACUGCUCCUUCAGUUUGGAGGGACACAAAGGCCCUGUAGACCAUGGGGAAGCCACGUAAAAGUGUGAAGCGUGGGAAGGGAUUCAGAGGUCCAUCCAAGGUGGAUGGUCAUCAGCGCAAAACCACUGGGGAGAGGCCAUUCAUCUGCUCCACGUGUAACAAGGGAUAUCCUAGUCUGUCCGGUUUAUGUAUCCACCGGAGAACUCACUCCGGGGUGAAAUCGUACGUCUGUGACACGUGUGGUAUGGGAUUUGCUUAUUCAUCCAGUUUACAUGUACAUCAGCGAAUACAUACUGGGGAGAAGCCAUUCACAUGUUCCAAGUGUGAAAAGAAAUUUGCUCAUUUAUCCAGCUUCCAGGUACACCAGAGGGCUCACACCGGGGAGAAGUCAUUCAUCUGCCCCAAGUGUGGUAAGCGAUUUGCUCAUCCAUCUGGUUUACGUACGCACAAGAAGGUUCACAUUGGGGAGAAACCAUUCACCUGCUCUGAUUGUGGGAAGGGAUUCACUCAGUCAUUCAGGUUACAACAACACCAGAGAAUUCACACCAGGGAGAAUCCAUUCAUGUGCUCUGAAUGUGGCCGGGGAUUCGCUGAGUCAUCCACCUUACAUAAGCACCAGAAAGCUCACACUGAAAAAAAACCGUUCGCCUGCCCUGACUGUGAAAGGAGAUUCUCUUGGUUAACCAACUACCAAUCACACCGGGGUACUCACACUGGCAGAAGCCCGUUCACCUGUUCUGACUGCGGGAGGAGAUUUGCUCAUUUUUCCAAGUUCUGUGAACACAGGAGAACUCACACUGGAGAGAGACCGUUCAUCUGCCCUGACUGUGGGAAGGGAUUCGCUCAGACGUCCACUUUGCAUGUGCAUCAGAGAACUCACACUGGAGAAAGGCCAUUCACCUGCCCCAAGUGCAGGAAGAGAUUCACUCAGGUUUCCAGCUUAUAUCAACACCGGAAAAGGUGUGCGAAAUAUGAGACAGGGCAGGCAGGACCGAGACAGGAAGCAAAGGAAACUGGCUUAAACAAUGCAAAAGGCCUGACAGAAGUUGGUGUGUGCGACUGGCAUCUCAUGUACAAAACCUCGGGAAAAGGGAUUCCAACAUACAAGGACCUUCCAGGUGGACUGAAUAAGCGAUUGUCUGAGUGUUGGUUGCAUGAGACAAAUGGGCCCACAAGCUUCAAUAUGGAGGGGCACAAAGACCCUGUCACCAUGGAGAAACCAUGUAAAUGUGUGGAGUGUGGGAAGGGAUUCAGAUUUCCAUCCAGGCUGGACGUGCAUCGACGCACGCACACUGGGGAGAAACCAUUCACCUGCUCAAAAUGUGAGAAGGGAUUUGCUCGUUUGUGCAGCUUACAGAUACACCAGAGAACUCACACUGGAGAGAAACCAUUCAUCUGCAUCAAGUGUGGUAUGGGAUUUGCUCAUUCAUCCAGUUUACGUGUACACCAGCGAAUUCACACUGGGGAGAAGCCAUUCAAAUGCUCAGAGUGUGAAAAGGGGUUUGCUCAUUUAUCCAGCUUACAAAUGCACCAGAGAACUCACACUGGGGAGAAAUCAUUCAUCUGCUCUGACUGUGGUAAGGGGUUCACUCAUUCAACCAGUUUACAUGUACACCAGAAAGCUCACACAGGAGAAAGACCAUUCACCUGCUCUGACUGUGGGAAGGGAUUUCUUCAGUCAUCCAAGUUACAUCAACACCAAAGAAUUCACACUGGGGAGAAACCGUUCGUCUGCUCUGAAUGUGGGAAGGCAUUUGCUCAGUCAUCCACUUUAAAUGUCCACCAGAGAAUUCACACUGGAGAGAGACCGUUCACCUGCUCCAAGUGUGGGAAGGGAUUCGCUCAGUCAUCCAGCUUACAUGAACACUGGAGAACCCACACCGGUGAGAGACCAUUCAUCUGCUCUUACUGUGGGCAGGGAUUCGCUGAGUCAUCCACCUUACUUAACCACCAGAGACUUCACACUGGAGAAAAACCAUUCGCUUGCUCUGAGUGCGGGAAGCGAUUCACUCAGUUGUCCAACUUGCAUCAACACCAGAGAACGCACACUGAAGAAAAACCGUUCACCUGCCCUGAGUGUGGGAAGGGAUUUGCUCAGUCUUCCAAGUUACGUGAACACUGGAGAACUCACACCGGGGAGAAACCAUUCAUCUGCUCUGACUGCGGGAGGGGAUUCGCUCAGACGUCCACCUUGCGUGCACAUCGGAGAAUUCACACCAGAGAGAAGCCAUUCAUCUGUUCUGAGUGUGGGAAGGGAUUUGCUCAGUCAUUCAAGCUGCACCAACACCAGAGAACUCACACUGGGACGAAACGUUCAUCUGCUAUGACUGUGGGCUGGGAUUCACUCAGUCAUCCACCUUACAUGUACAGCAGCGAAUUCACACUGGAGAGAAAUGACUCACCUGCUCCAAACGUGGGAAGGGAUUUGCUCAGGCAUCUAGCUUACAUGAACACUGGAGACCUCGCACUGGGGAGAAGCCAUUCAUCUGCCCUGAGUGUGGGAGGAGAUUUGCUCAGUCUUCCAAGUUACAUGAACACUGGAGAAUUCGUAUCUGGGAGAAACCAUUCAACUGCUCUGAUGAUGGGCAGGGAUUCCCUCAGCCAUCCACCUUGCAUAACCACCAGAGAACUCACACUGGAGAAAAACUGUUCACCUGCCCUGAGUGUGGGAGGGGAUUUGCUCAGUCUUCCAAGUUAUGUGAGCUCACGUGAAACCACCGGAGAACUCACACUGGAGAAAAACCAUCCACCUGCUCUGACCACUGGAAGAGAUUCACUUGGUUAUCCGACAUACAUUCAUAGCACGGAACUCACAGUGGAGAAAAACUCUUCACCUGCCCUGGGUGUUGGAAGGGAUUUACUGAGUCACCCAAGUUCUGUGAACACUGGAGAAUUCGCACCGGGGAGAAGCCAUUCAUCUGCUGUGACUGUGGGAAGGGAUUAGCUCAGACUCGCAGGUCGCAUGUACGUCAGAGAGGUCACACUGGAAAGAAAAAACGUUCGCCUGACCUGAGUGCGGGAAGAGAUUCACUCAGGUUUCCAACUUAAAACAACAGUGUGCGAAAUGAUACACUCACUCAUCCGAUCUGCUGAGGGAUCAGCAAGGUCAUGAGUGACUGUGGGGGGGGUGGGUCUAACAGCUUCUAUAAUGUACUUGUGUAAUGGCUUGCAAACUUUAUCACGUGUAUAAUCAGCUUGCCAUUUUUGAACAAUUCAUCCGUGUUUGUGUGAGGGUCGGAUCAUCUGGUUUGAGGAUUUCAGAUGUCGUGUGUCGAUCACGAAAUGAUGUCUCCAAUCCAGAUCGCUAAGGGUUCAUUGGACAUGGCAAUAAGCCACUGAUGGAGAGCGGAAAAGCAAGUGAGAACCGGCAGUUUCGCAAGAAGAUGGCCUUUUGGCGUAAGAACAGCUUGAUUUGCAGCAACGCCGGGACUAGUUUUUGACCACCAAGCACAGAGGAAUGCUUAGGAAAUCUACUCAGAGGAGGCAGUGUAGCACGUGACAUAAGAUCCAGUAUCUUAUUAUUGUAUGGGACUUUUCACAGUUCGUUGGACUUCUGCGGAUUGGGUUCACACGUGGUGCCGUGGGAGUUGAGAUUGAGCUCCAAGUGCCAGCCAUCACCGGGUUUCCUGACGAGUGAAAGGAUGUGAGGUUUAUGUGUUUUAAUAUAUCUAAAGUAGUUUAAGUUAUUAAUUUUGUUGAACUCUGUCUAAAGUAGUGUAAGCUAAUAAUUAUUAGAUUACUAUAUAUAUAUUAUUCAGUGAUCUAAGCUAAUAAAUUUGUGUGGCACACUAGUUUGGUCUCAGCUGAAAUGCCAUAUCCAGUUCUGUGGGCCGCAUUUUGCAAGCAUUACAGAGAUUUCAUCGAGUAUUACAGCACACACAGAGACCCUGUGGCUCAUCGUGCCCAAAUCAGUUGUCAAGUCCCUAUCUACUUUAAUCCCGAUUUGGAGAUGCCGGUGUUG